UUAUUUUUCCAAUAUUUAGAUAUUUAUUAGCUGACAAAAUGUCGUGAAUGAAAUGUUCAAGCGUAUGAAUGAAAAUAAUGCUCUUACGCGUUUUGCGAUGUCGCAUUAUAUUAAUAACUAUAUUUGUAGCUACUGGACUAUGUGUUUACUUGUGUCCUCAGUUUAAAUUGUAUCCGAUUGCUCCUGUGACUGUAGCUCCUAGCCCUUCACAUCCCCGAACGUCUCGCCAUAUAUCAAAAUUGCUGACUGUAGUGUUCCGGCAAUUUGAAGACUUCGAAAAUGACGUCGCGGACAGCGUGCAGUCUUUUGUAUCGGCGUUCCCUAACGUGCCAGUGGUUGUGGUUUGCGAGACGGCGCCGUACCCACCUUUUCCAUUCUCCGCUAGCAACGAGACUCUUCGGAACGUGAAGGUGGUAACAUUAGAGCUGCGGCUCAACGCUGCGCCAAAGGAAUUGGAUCCUUUGACAUAUAUUCACACUGAUUAUGUGCUAUUUGUACCUGACACGACGCGCGUCUCGCGGCGGGUGCUGCAGCAGGCGGCCAUCACCGCCACGGCACCCUCAGCCCCUGCUGUAGCUAUAGGAGUCGCAAACGCGCGUCUUAUUUGCCAACACAUCAAGUGGAAUUAUGCCGAUUGGACUCUGCAGUACAAUAAGGAUGCGUCUGGGAAGAUCUGUGAUGCAGUUCACGGGCAGCAUGCCUUGUUGAUUAAGACAUCAUAUUUGCACACCUUCCCACAGCCUUUUGCAAUGCCAUUUCCCGAGUCACUCUAUUUGCAAAUGUCUGCAAAGGAUCUAAAGGUACAAAUUCUUGAAGGAAAGCUAGGAGGAGGCAGAGGAGUGUUGAAAAGUCCCUCUGCAAGACAGAAGUCCAUACGCCAUAUGAGAGACGCAAGGGUUGCUCUUUACAAGAUGUUGGGAGUCAAAGCUAUGAUUAGGGAGGAUGGGAGGGUGCAGUGGUUUGGAUGCAAAAGGGAAACUCAACGUUGUUUCCCAUCAGUGCAAGGAACACCUUCAUACAUCCUGUCGCACCGCAACACGCCGCCAUGUUGCCGCCGCAACAUGCGGCGGAGCGCCACGCACGUGCUGCGCGCGUUAGCUCAGGCCGGCGCGCGCUGCUGGCUCGAGACCACGUCGCUGCUGGGUGCCGUCGUGCGUGGGGAUCUCCUACCAUGGGCAGAGCAUGUGGAGAUCGGUAUCCACGCGUCCGACGUGCCGCGCGUGCCGUGGCUGCAACGCGGUGGCGCCGACCCCGAGGGCUAUGUGUGGGAACGCGCAACUAAAGGGCAUUACUAUAGAGUAGCCUACUCUGCUACCAACAACGUGUACGUACUAGUGCUCCCAUUCGCGGCCAAGAACGGUACCAUGUGGCCCGCGGACUGGGUGCUGGCGCAUCAGAAGCCCUUCCCGGAGAGGCACUUGCAUCCACUUGCGCAGAUACAAUUUGCUGGACGCCAGGCGCCGGCGCCAAAUGACGCAAGCGCUUUCUUAGACCUCAAGCUCGGCGCCGCGGCCGUCGAGCGGUGCAACCGGAUUGGACCUAAGCUGUUAUACCCAUAAGGGUCAUUUCAGAUUGAGAUCACACACAAAUCAGA